AUGGAGACUGCUAUGUGCGUGUGUUCUCCUUGCUGCACGUGGCAGAGAUGCUGUCCACGGCUGUGCUCCUGCCUGUGCUGCAAGUUCAUCUUCACCUCGGAGCGGAACUGCACCUGCUUCCCCUGCCCUUACAAGGAUGAGCACGACUGCCAGUGCUGCCACUGCACCUGUGCCGAGAGCCCCAACUGCCACUGGUGCUGCUGCUCCUGGGCCAACGAUCCCAACUGCAAGUGCUGCUGCACGGCCAGCAGCAACAUCAAGUGCUACUAUUACGAGAGCCGCUGCUGCCGCAAUGCCACCAUCUCCUUCCACAAGGGCCGCCUCCGGAGCAUCCGCACCUCCUCCAAGACUGCCCUGCGCUUGGGCAGCAGCGACACCCAGGUGGAAGAGGUGAAGUCGACGCGCGCCGACAGCUACCUGGUGGACCACCUGACGUGCCCGCAGUGCCGCCGGCUGCGCCUGCACUCCUUCAUGCUGCCCUGCAACCACAGCCUGUGCGAGAAGUGCCUGCGGCACCUGCAGAAGCACGCCGAGGUCACGGAGAACUUCUUCAUGCUCGUGUGCCCGGUGUGCAGCCGCUCGCACUGCAUGCCCUACAGCCACAAGAUGCAGCUGCCCGAGAACUACCUGCACGGGCGCCUCACCAAGCGCUACAUGCAGCAGCACGGCUACCUCAAGUGGCGCUUCGACCGCUCGUCGGGGCCCGUCCUCUGCCAGGUGUGCCGCAGCCGGCGCAUCGCCUACAAGCGCUGCAUCACCUGCCGCCUCAACCUCUGCAACGACUGCCUCAAGGCCUUCCACUCGGACGUGGCCAUGCAGGACCACAUCUUCGUGGACACCAACGCCGAGGAGCAGGACGAGAAGAUCUGCAUCCACCACCCGUCCAGCCGCAUCAACGAGUACUGCCGCAACGACAACGAGCUGCUCUGCACCUUCUGCAAGGCCGCCUUCCACAAGGACCACGACACCGUCAGCCUCAUGGACGCCUGCUCCGAGAGGUCCGCCGCCCUCUUCAGCGCCAUCGCCAAGUUCAAAGCAGUCCGAUAUGAAAUUGACAAUGACCUAAUGGAGUUCAACAUUUUAAAAAGCAGUUUUAAAGCUGACAAGGAGACGAAGCGAAAAGAGAUCAGAACUGGUUUUCUCAAACUGCGCAGCAUCCUGCAGGAGAAAGAGAAAAACAUCAUGGAACAGAUAGAAAAUCUAGAAGUGUCCAGGCAGAAAGAGAUUGAAAAAUAUGUGUAUAUCACAACCAUGAAAGUGAAGGAAAUGGAUGGCCUGAUUUCCUACUCCAAAGAAGCCCUGAAGGAGACAGGUCAGGUGGCAUUCUUGCAGUCUGCCAAGAUCCUGGUGGACCAGAUUGAAGAUGGCAUCCAGAGCACGUACAGGCCUGACCCUCAGCUGCGGCUGCACUCCUUGCACUGCAUGCCCUUGGACUUCGGUGCGCUCUCCAGUGCCAUCCAUGAGCUCUUCCCAACUGGACCCAAGAAGGUUUGCUCCUCAGGAGACUCGCUGCCCUCCUCAUAUCCCGUGCAGUCAGAAAUGAUGAUUGCCAGGAAGGUCACGUUCAGCACCCACAGUUUUGGUAACCAGCAGAUACAUCAGAGAAGCGCCUCCUUGCUGUCCUUCAACCUCACCAGUGAUAAGGCCAAGGUGGGUCUGGAGGCCUGUGGAAGAACCCAAUCCACCAUCCCUGCCAAGACCACAGAUGGCCUCUAUACCUACUGGAGUACAACCUCUGAAAGCCAGCCUCCGCAGAACAGCAGCAGCUUCCACAACUGGUACUCAUUCAGUGACGCUGCCUCUGUGAAGACCCCAGGCCCAAUCGUAAUCUAUCAGACACUAGUGUACCCAAGAGCUGUCAAGGUUUACUGGACAUGCCCAGCAGAAGAUGUGGACUCUUUUGAGAUGGAAUUCUAUGAACUCAUUACUACUCCCCCUAACAAUGUGAGGACAGAGCUCUGUGGACAAAUUCGGGACAUCAUGCAGCAGAGUCUAGAGUUACACAACCUGACUCCCAACACCGAGUAUCUGUUUAAAGUUAGAGCCAUCAAUGACAAUGGUCCUGGGCAAUGGAGUGACAUCUGCAAGGUGGUGACACCCGAUGGGCGUGGGAAGAACCGAGCUAAGUGGGGCCUGCUGAAAAAUAUCCAGUCUGCCCUCCAGAAGCGCUUCUGA